UACAGCAUGACGAUAUGAACAGCUAUAAAAUCCCCACGUCCAAGAAAAACCUAAUGAUAUAUACUUUCUUUAAUCUCUCCUCCGAUCCUUUCUCGCUUUGGUCAUGGAAGAAGAAAGAGAAACAUCAUCAUCGAUGACUUGCGUGACGACGUCCAAGGAUCCACUUCAAACCCCUAACAUGUCUGUAAGUAAACCCAAAAAGGAGACAACAGCACAAACAACCCCUAAAACCACACGAGGUAGACAGAAGAUAGAGAUCAAGGAGAUCAAGGAAGAGAGCAAGAGACAAGUAACCUUCUCCAAAAGACGCCGUGGGCUAUUCAAGAAAUCAGCUGAACUGAGCGUUCUCACCGGUGCAAAAAUCGCCGUCAUAACGUUCUCUCGAUGCGGUAGGAUCUACAGGUUUGGCCACGUAGACGCAUUGAUCGACAAGUAUCUUCGUAAGAUUCCGGUGAAGUUGGAGGGAUAUGCCGGUAAUAACGCGGCGGAGGAAGAAGGUAGGAGGCCGUGGUGGGAGCGUCCGGUGGAGAGUGUGCCAGAGGAGGAGCUUGAAGAUUACGUGGCAGCAUUGAGUGUGUUCAGAGAAAAUUUAGGGAAAAAGAUCAUGGCCAUGAGCAACGAUCGGCCGGUUGAGAUUGUUCCGGCAUGGCCAAUCAACAUGAUGGGUUGGAAACCGACGAUGGAUAUGCAAAACUUGGAAAAUCUGACGGAUGGGAUUACUCGCUGCCGUGUAGGUCAAAACGGGUGAUUGCUUUGGUCACUUGUAUAAGUAUUCCUCUAGAGAGUUUCUAAAGUAUUUGAUUUAGUUAUAUGAUUUUAUGCUAUUUAUAUUUUAUUCAUUGUUUUCUUAGCUUGUAUACUUUAUACUUUGGAAAUCAAGUUGUUUGAAUUAUUAAUC